CUAAGAAAUGUACUCUUAUCCCUUGGCGAGGUAAUGAUGAAUUUCAAUGGAUUUAUCAGCAGAUAUUUCAUGAGGAUGCCGGAGGGAGGAAAACAGCUAUUGACAGAAUUAAAUCUUGGAAUUCAAGGUUCAAGAAGUUACAAGUGGCCAUCAUAUGUACUAAAGACCUUGCGGAACUCCUACUCCGGAUGCCUGAAGAGGGAGCCACAAACACCUUUCAAAUGGCAUGCACACUUGCCAUUACCAGAUUUGUGAAUCUACUGACCGAGGAGCAGCAGAAGUUUGGUAGGGGGAAACCUGUUCAUGAGGUUGCUUUAAAGAUCGGUCUUCCAAAAUGGAUUGUGGACAUUCGACACCAGGGAACCCAUGGACAUAUGCCUAAACGUGAGGUGCUAGAGAGUGCUCUAAGGUUCGGUCUGAACUGGUUGAAGGUCACAUUCUGGGAGGCACACAUCAAGGAGAUGUGUACAGAUAAACAAGUCCAAGACGACGACUUUGACCUCAAGCUGAGAGAAAAGAUCAGGGGUAUUACAGCUGAGUACAUGGACUACAUGGUGAAUGCCAGGACACUUGUGAAUGGCCGACCACAGCACCCGGGAAAAGAGAUCUUGCAGAAACUGAACAAGCCGCUCAGGAAUUAUGCAUCCAAAAACUAUCUUGCCUAUCUACUCACCCAAGAUGGCUACUUGGUCCCUACUCCGGAUCAAGAAAAAGCUCUCUGCAUCACCAGUGGUAUGAAUGACUCUCGGUCUGAGGACCUUCCUACAUCUCUGGUUAACUUCUGGGGACCUCUUCUUGACUUUGCCCGGCCGUGUGGUCUGGAGCACCUCAUCAUCGAUUCCAUCAUCAAUCAGCUCUCCCGCAUCACCUCCGGGGGGAGCUCUGGUGACGCCAAGGAAGGUCCGGUCGUCAGAUACCUUCUGGGAUGGGCCAAGAACCUCAUGAAGAGGAAUGCAGUCACGCUAAGAUCAGAUCCUGUCAACAGAGGGACCCCUCCCCAGAAGAGGAACAGACGAGAGGCAUCCGAAUGGAGCAAGACGCUGAAGAAAUGCAUUGAAAAGCCCAACAAACACAACAUGAACCUAUUACCCUGUCUUCUAGAACUGCAGGAUCCCCGCCUUGGGAAGACCGCCGAAGAAACCUUGAUCAAGAUUGCCAAGGCCAUGGUCCAUGGCCCGAACGGUAUGACCCUUCCAACUAAUGGGCUGCCCUCGCUUGAUGACAUAGAAGCAAUGAUCGAGUCCAGACGGAAUUGCAGGGGAAAUCCAAUGUUAGAUAUGCUCUCUGCAGGGCGGAGGGAUGCACAGAACAGGACAGUGGUGGAUGCAACAGAUCCAUGGCAUGUUACCAAUGACCUUGUGGAUUGGAGCCACACGCCCCUUGGUGUAUUACCAUGGCAACCAGACAAUCCUGACUUCUUCCAGCUCAGCGUGCCUACAUCCAACAUGAAAAAGCGAAAAUUGUCUUCUGACUCCCUAGAGUAGUGUCACAACGAGGUGACAAUAUAUUACACGAUCACAUCUUCCUGUACAAUAGACAAAGAUUAACAAUACAAAUGUGUGGAGACACACACAUGAUGUAUACAUCAGACAAUACAAACGUGUGAAGACACACACACAUGAUGUAUACAUCAGACAAUACAAAUGUGUGGAGACAUACACAUGAUGUAUACAUCAGACACAUGAUGUAUACAUCAGACAAUACAAAUGUGUUGAGACAUACACAUGAUGUAUACAUCAGACACAUGAUGUAUACAUCAGACAAUACAAAUGUGUGAAGACACACUCAUGAUGUACGCAUCAUACAAUACAAAUGUGCGAAGACACACACAUGAUGUACGCAUCAUACAAUACAAAUGUGCGAAGACACACACAUGAUGUACGCAUCAUACAAUACAAAUGUGCGAAGACACCAAUGAUGUACGCAUCAUACAAUGCAAAUGUGCGAAGACACACUCAUGAUGUACGCAUCAUACAAUACAAAUGUGCGAAGACACACUCAUGAUGUACGCAUCAUACAAUACAAAUGUGCGAAGACACACACAUGAUGUACGCAUCAUACAAUACAAAUGUGUAAAGACACACUAAUGAUGUACGCAUCAUACAAUACAAAUGUGCGAAGACACACACAUGAUGUACACAUCAUACAAUACAAAUGUGCGAAGACACACACAUGAUGUACGCAUCAUACAAUACAAAUGUGUAAAGACACACUAAUGAUGUACGCAUCAUACAAUACAAAUGUGUAAAGACACACUAAUGAUGUAUGCAUCAUUCAAUACAAAUGUGCGAAGACACACACAUGAUGUACACAUCAUACAAUACAAAUGUGCGAAGACACACACAUGAUGUACGCAUCAUACAAUACAAAUGUGCGAAGACACACACAUGAUGUACGCAUCAUACAAUACAAAUGUGUAAAGACACACUAAUGAUGUACGCAUCAUACAAUACAAAUGUGCGAAGACACACACAUGAUGGACGCAUCAUACAAUACAAAUGUGUGAAAACACACUCAUGAUGUACGCAUCAUACAAUACAAAUGUGCGAAGACACACUCGUGAUGUACGCAUCAUACAAUACAAAUGUGCGAAGACACACACAUGAUGUACGCAUCAUACAAUACAAAUGUGUAAAGACACACUAAUGAUGUACGCAUCAUACAAUACAAAUGUGCGAAGACACACACAUGAUGUACGCAACAUACAAUACAAAUGUGCGAAGACACACACAUGAUGUACGCAUCAUACAAUACAAAUGUGCGAAGACACACACAUGAUGUACGCAUCAUACAAUACAAAUGUGCGAAGACACACACAUGAUGUACGCAUCAUACAAUACAAAUGUGUAAAGACACACUAAUGAUGUACGCAUCAUUCAAUACAAAUGUGCGAAGACACACACAUGAUGUACGCAUCAUACAAUACAAAUGUGUGAAAACACACUCAUGAUGUACGCAUCAUACAAUACAAAUGUGCGAAGACACACUCGUGAUGUACGCAUCAUACAAUACAAAUGUGCGAAGACACACACAUGAUGUACGCAUCAUACAAUACAAAUGUGUAAAGACACACUAAUGAUGUACGCAUCAUACAAUACAAAUGUGCGAAGACACACACAUGAUGUACGCAACAUACAAUACAAAUGUGCGAAGACACACACAUGAUGUACGCAUCAUACAAUACAAAUGUGCGAAGACACACACAUGAUGUACGCAUCAUACAAUACAAAUGUGCGAAGACACACACAUGAUGUACGCAUCAUACAAUACAAAUGUGUAAAGACACACUAAUGAUGUACGCAUCAUUCAAUACAAAUGUGCGAAGACACACACAUGAUGUACGCAUCAUACAAUACAAAUGUGUGAAAACACACUCAUGAUGUACGCAUCAUACAAUACAAAUGUGCGAAGACACACUCGUGAUGUACGCAUCAUACAAUACAAAUGUGCGAAGACACACUCAUGAUGUACGCAUCAUACAAUACAAAUGUGUGAAAACACACUCAUGAUGUACGCAUCAUACAAUACAAAUGUGCGAAGACACACUCGUGAUGUACGCAUCAUACAAUACAAAUGUGCGAAGACACACACAUGAUGUACGCAUCAUACAAUACAAAUGUGCGAAGACACUAAUGAUGUAAGCAUCAUACAAUACAAAUGUGUGAAGACACACUCAUGAUGUACGCAUCAUACAAUGCAAAUGUGUGAAGACACACACAUGAUGUACGCAUCAUACAAUGCAAAUGUGCGAAGACACACUCAUGAUGUACGCAUCAUACUGUAGGAAAUUGGAUUUAUACGUGUUUUUCUUAUGCAAAUGACUUUGUAUAAUUUGCAUAAAACUGCCGUUUAAAAAUACGGUGAAUGAAUGUAGUUCCUCGAUUUAUAAGUUUGUUUUGGUAUCUUGAGGAAGAAUUGUUAUAUUGUGAGUCUAUGUAAAAAAGGAAUAAGAUUGCAUAUAAUGUGUAAUAACUUAAUUUUACUUCAUUCAAAAGGUGUUUGUACAAGAAUAGCAAAAAGAGGAAGGAUAUUUUGUUUAUAGAAUUGUGAUAGGUCUUUAUAUGUGGGCGCGGGAAUCUGCCUGACAUAGCAGAUACGUAGGCACACAUUGCAUCUUGUCAUGGGCGAAGGAGGUUGUGCGUGUGUCGGGCCGUCUAUAAGUGUGCAACGCCCUUGUUACGUUUUUACACCUUUGAAAGAAACGACAUGCUAGCGAGGUUUGCUGGAAGCUGUAGUGUGGUCUAGCUGGGACUGCGUUGUAUUUUGGGAGCCGGGAGCUGCUCCGGCUUGUUGCUUCAGAGACCUUGGGUAGGAUAUGAUUUAAUACACACAUUGUUUAAUUGGUAUAAUGUUGUUUAUUAAUGCAUUUUGAAUAUGUACUUUCAUAUAAUAUGUGUUAAUUAAAGACAAUGAUAUUGUCUUAAUUAUUAUAUUAUCAUUGAUGUAGAAUACAUUAAUGCCACAGUUUAUGUAAUGUAAACCAACAGCGUGAUAAUUUACUGUCUGUUUAUCUCGCCCACAUUGUUGUAUACUAUGUAUCAGAUAUAUGUUGAUAAGAAUCUAUACUUGUCUUGUAUUUAUGUUUGGCACAUCUGAUUGAUUUGCAGGGUUUUCUUUAUGCGAUGAUGCUGCCUUAUCCGUAUUACGACAAUACAAUACAAAUGUGCGAAGACACACACAUGAUGUACGCAUCAUACAAUACAAAUGUGUAAAAACACACUCAUGAUGUAAGCAUCAUACAAUACAAAUGUGCGAAGACACACUCAUGAUGUACGCAUCAUACAAUACAAAUGUGCGAAGACACACUCAUGAUGUACGCAUCAUACAAUACAAAUGUGUGAAGACACACUCGUGAUGUACGCAUCAUACAAGUUGGAGUGAUCAUGUUUAUAUUAUAUAUCAUAUGUUAUAUUUGAAUUUGGAUCUGAAUUAAUUAGUUUCUAUAUUAUUAUUAUCCAUCCAUGGAAUCCUCAGCAGUCUUUUGAGAAACCAUACUUUACAACAAUCUAAACGUUUUCUGAUUACUGUUUUAGGAAACGACCUAGCUCUUCCAUCGCCAACAAUUGGAUUUUAUUCUGUCGAAUCAACAUCAUAAUCUUGUACAGAAUCAGAUAUUCUGCAGUAAUUUUCUCUCAUUCCAUUAUCAUUUGUAUGGUAAGAAACCAAAGUCUGUCACAAUGUAUUUUUAUGACGAUCCUUCAAAAAAUCCCUUUCUCCCUAAAACACGAGUGUGUAGCAUUUCAAAAUUCACACACACACAUACACACAUUUGAGCAUAUGGGACUACAUACUCGUACUAAAGGGACCCACUUUCAUCAGCCCACUUGACGUUGCAUUAUCAGCUUUAUUUUUUGAUGGAUCGUCAUAAAAAAUACAUGGUUACAAACUUUGGUUUCUUACCGUACAAAUGAUACUGGAAUGAAAGAAAAUCACUGCAGAACAACGGAUCCUGUAAAAGAUUACUAUGUUUAUUCGACAGGAUAAAAAUCCCGUUGUUGGCAAUGUAACAGCUGAUCGCGGCAAAGGUGACAAUCUACUUCCGUACUAGAAAUAUGUCACGGCAUUCUGCGAUGAAACAACCGUGAAUGCAUGUAUAGUUCAGAUCAUAUUUAUCUUGUCAUUCUCAAGCUGUUUGUAUACAGUUGUAAGUCAUACUUACCAAUAAAACAUUUAUUGUUGCCAAA